AUCGGUUUGGUUUGAUUUGUAUCCCGACCUAAAUCUGGAUCAAAAUUAAAUUAUCCUCUUUGAAAAUUAGAUCUGACUUAUGGCGAGAUUCUCAGUUUGCGGAGGAGACGACGGAGAAGGACCAAGUAACAACAAUCACCAAUCCCGGAAAAGGCAACGACUUCCUUCAAUCGAUGAAAAUGAAGAAGACGCCGAGACCUCCGACGCCGGAAGUUCCGGUGAAGAAGACGAAGACGAAACUCAGAAUCAAGGAAUGAGACCAGAAUCUGAGGAUCGAGGAUCAACGAGCGAUGAUAGCGAUCGUGAAGUUGUGAUUGAGGAGAGACGAUUUGGUAAAUUUGUAAAUAGUCAGAGUUCUUCUUCUAGCAAAGAUUCGCCUCUUUCUGUAACGUUAUUGGAUCCAGAUGUUCUUGAUUGUCCUAUUUGUUGCGAGCCAUUGAAGAUUCCUAUCUUUCAGUGUGAUAAUGGUCAUCUGGCUUGUACUUUGUGCUGCACCAAAGUGAGGAACAGAUGCCCGUCGUGUACAUUACCGAUAGGUUAUGUUCGUUGCAGAGCUAUGGAGAAGGUUAUAGAAGCAUCUAGAGUCUCGUGUCUAAAUGCCAAAUACGGGUGCAAGGAGAGUACCUCCUAUGGAAACCGUUUUAGUCAUGAGCAGGUAUGUGUUUUCACCCCUUGUUCUUGCCCCAUACUUGACUGCCACUACACUGGGUAUUACAAGGAUCUCAACAAUCACGUCCGUGCUGAACACAAAGAUGAUCUGAUCUCGUUCGUGUGGAAUACUCGUUUAACCAUUAGCUUGGACCUCAAUAAGAAGACCACAAUUCUUCAGGAAGAAAACGAUGGGCAUGUGAUUGUAGUCCAAGUUUUCAGGGCUUUGCAUGCUGUGUAUGUCAGUGUGAGCUGUAUUGCACCUUUGACACCGGGAGUGGGUAGGUUAUCAUGCCGUCUUGCGAAGAUAACCGUUGAUAGCUUACUGAAGCAAGGAUUUAUGGUGAAGAACAUACAAAAAGUGACGAAUGAACAUCCCGAAGAUGGUUUCAUGUUGAUUCCUUCCUAUUUGUUCUCUGGUAAUGACAACUUGAAUCUGCAGAUUUGGAUCGGCCAUGGCCGGAUCUUUGUUCAUUCGUGAUUAUGUAAAGAACUAAAGUUGAAUCAAAAGCUUGUCAUGAACAAGUUUAGGUGUAUAUGAAAUGUGCAUGUUUUUAAGAUCUGGUGAGUUGCAUGAUUUAGUUUGAGAAUCUUACCUUUGUGGCCAUUAUUCUAGUUAUUAAUCCCCGUACAUAGGUCAUUAUAUUUAUUCUCC